AAUGCUGUGUAAUGCCCCUCGUCUGUGCCGCCUCUCGGGGCCGGCCUACACGGUGGCGUGCCGUCGCAACAUCGCUUGGCCCCGCCGAAAUUCUGUCUCCCAACGCCGCCGCGACGUCCAUCUCCAUCCCACUCCGCUGCGCACUCAGCAUACCGCAAGAUUCCCAACCCCCGUUCGUACAUCAUGUCUACGAUCACCGAGGUCACCAGCCAGCCCCAAUGGGACGAACUGCUAGGCUCUGUUCCCCCAUCAGCGCUUGUCAUUGUCUCUUUCCACGCUCCCUGGGCCGCCCCGUGUGCGCAGAUGGCAACCGUCCUGUCGACCCUGGCCUCCGAAUACCCCGUCACCGAGCCGAAGAGUACCGUUUGGGCCUCCGUCAACGCCGAAGAGCUUAGCGACAUCAGCGAGGCCUACGACGUCACCGCAGUCCCCUUCCUCGUCCUGCUGAGAAACGGCAAUGUUGUCGAGACGGUCAGUGGCAGCAGCGCCGUCAAGGUCCGGACGGCCAUCGAAACACAGACACGAGCCGAUGGCAAUACAACGGCGGCGGGCGAUGCCAUGAAUGGUGUUGAGAAGACGGGUGGCAAGCCAGCCGUGGAAGAGGCGCCGGUAGAUCCUGCCAAGCAAAAGGAUGAGCUUUUCAAGCGGCUGGGAGACCUGGUCAAGGCAGCACCCGUCAUGCUUUUCAUGAAGGGGACGCCAAGCUCUCCGCAGUGCGGCUUCUCGCGGCAGAUGGUGGCAAUCUUGCGUGAGCACUCCGUCAAGUACGGGUUCUUCAAUAUCCUCGCCGACGACGAGGUACGCCAGGGCUUGAAGGAGUUUGCAGAGUGGCCGACCUACCCGCAACUCUGGGUCGAUGGUGAUCUGGUCGGUGGACUGGACAUUGUCAAGGAGGAGCUGGGCAACGACGAGGAGUUUUUCAAGCCGUACAGCGUCAGCGGCCCUAACGAUGCUGCGGUUGCAUGAGCUGGCCCUCUACGAAGGCAAGAUAUUCGCAACCCUCAUCUCGCUUGAGGCCCAUGGCGGUCCUAGCGAGGUCUGCUUGGUGAAGGGGGAAACCCACCACACGUCGAAGCGCAAGAACCGGAGCACGGCGUCAUCUCCAGCCAAGGACAGAAGACGCCUACGUCCCAAUGCGACUUUCGUUGGCCUUGGAUGAUGAGAUGAGGUCGCGGGCUGUGGGUAUUCCGCGGCGGAACGGGGACCAGGUGCUGCCGAAGCGUCAGCAGAUCAGGGCCCCGCGUAUAAUUACGUGGAACGGUCGACAUGGGAGGAAAAGUAUCACAGCAGCGAUGGAAUGGGCUGCACACUACGAAGUACAUGUUUGCGGGACUUGUUAUGAAACGCUCGGCCCGCUGUGUAGGAUCGUGAGACCUGGUUGAAGGAGAAUAUAAUUCACUCUCAAAGCAUCCAUGCUUCCUCAUCAUUGGGCCGGCACAGUUCGAUUCUUGCCCGCUGUCAACCCUUUGUGGGAACCCUAUUCCAGAGUCCGGCACUUGCCGCGAACUCUUGAACUGGCUCGCCUAUUGUACGGUACAGUAUACUGCUGUAUCAAGCCCAAGGAGCAGAACAUACCUAGUACAGUGUUUGCCGUUUAGUGCGGCCGGCUGACAAAUGGA